GCACCCGGCUGGUUGUGCGGCUGUCCGGCUUAGGCUGCUGGUGCUUGGCACGCGGAGUUGGGGCCAUACUGGCAGACCCAUACUUUGUGUGCCAUUCGCAUGCUGGCCACCGGAUGGAGCAGAUCGUCUGAGAAGAAGCACCCGCACGGCAGCAUGGCAUCCGAAACGGCCGAACAUCCGAAACUGAGCCAUCCGAAACCUCAACGCCUACUGGAUUGUGGAUUAUUAGUUUCCUCCACGCAUGUUUUUUUGGGGACCGCCACGAAGUUUCGAUUCUCCGAUUUGCCGGCGUCCUUGGCGUCGCAGUUUCUUCCUUCCUGGCGAGACAACAGGUUUCUUUAUCCAGCCCGGGACAGGAACCAGGCGUCUUGCACUUGCACAACCGAUUCACCACCACCAAACAACAACUUCGAUCUCGCCCUCGAGCGAUGGAUCAAAUCGAACGAGAAAAGGAAGAAGCAAAAUAAUCGACAAGAAAGGAAGAAAAAAACACGCUCACGGUAGAAAAGGAAUUAAAAAUGCAUCUCACCCUUUUUUCGCCUAGCCGAGUUUUUGGGAAGAUAGAUCGUGCGCGUC